ACUUCUAUGCUGCAGGGAGACAUCCCGCUCUCUCGACCUCUCCUUUCUCUCUCCUCUCCCUGUGCGUAUACUCCCGCCUCUCUCCCUCUCUACCUUCAGAUGUACUCCCGCCAAGAAACAAACUAAAAGUUAUAAUAAAUAAAAAUGGAGGGAAAUAAGGCCAAGCCUUUUAUAUAGGGAAAGUCAUCAGUCAUCUUAUCAGGUUUUGUUCAUUCGCCGACCCCCAUUUCUGCGAGAGGAUACAUUUCCCCAGAGGAAAUUUGUGUUUAUUUAUUUUUGCUUAAAAAUGGGUAAGAAGAAGAAACCUAGGGUUUCGGAAGAGGAAACAGAGGAAGCAGUUCAAGAAGAGGCAUCCAAUUCUGGCACCAAAGAGAAGAGUUUAUACGAGAUACUUGGAUUGGAAAGGACAUCAUCACAACAGGAAAUUAAGAAGGCAUAUUAUAAAUUGGCUUUGCGUCUUCAUCCAGACAAAAAUCCUGGCAAUGAGGAUGCCAAAGAGAAGUUUCAACUCUUGCAGAAGGUGAUAUCAAUUCUCGGAGACCCAGAGAAAAGGGCACUGUAUGAUCAGACUGGUUGUGUGGAUGAUGCUGAGCUUGGUGGUGCUGCUGUUGAAAGUUUGUAUGAGUACUUCAGGACAAUAUACCAGAAGGUUACUGAAGAAGAUAUUGAAGAAUUUGAAGCUAAUUAUAGAGGAUCUGAAACAGAGAAGGUGGACUUGAAGGAAUUGUACAAGAAAUGCAAGGGCAAUAUGGACAAAGUUUUUAGUUGGAUGAUAUGUUCUGAUGAAAAGCUAGAUUCACAUCGUUUCAAGGAUAUUGUUGAUGUGGCAAUUGCUGCAGGUUUGACUUUUUAUUUUCUUUCAUUUGGUGCAAAUAUGAUAAUUUCCUUCAUAACAUAUUCAUGUAGGAUUGCUUGAUGAUUGUUACACAGAACUUCAUUUCAAUUCCCUAUUAAAUUUUUUUGUUCCUACAUCAUCCGGAGAGGAGCAGAUGCUUCUUAUAUUUUGCAGAAAACCUGGAAGUCCAGAUUUUAAACAUGAAUUGGGGCUAAGGUUGUUGGGCUAAGGUUGUUGAUAAGAGAUUGCUUUCUAUUUUAGAAACUUGAAUUUUUUCUGAUGCUUUUUUAAUCUCUGUACCCAUUGCUUUAGAUCCCUAAUGGUUACUUUUUAAGCAUGACUUGAUAUCUGGGACCUGGGUUAGAUACAAUAUAUUGCCAUUUAUUUUAGGAAUUUCCUUGUGUCAACAAAACCAUUAAAAAAUUUAAAAUAAUACAUUUAUCUAUCAUUUAGGUACUGUUGUUUUGCACGCAAUUGGCAUUCCCAAACAUUGUGUGAGGGUAUCAAUCUCAUUGUAAAUGAUUACUAGAUGUUAGGAUUUAAUAUUAAGCAGUGGCCUUUCAUCCACUUGUCUCUAGUUGACUUUGAAUAGCCUAUUUUUCUUCCCUUUGUUUUCUUUCUCUGCAUACAUUUUCAUUCUAAAUAUUAAUAGACUAUCAAAUUUUUACGUGGUUUGUCAUUCCUCGACUUUUAUGUCAAUCAAGUGGUGCGAUAACAACUUGAGGUGGUCUGAUUCUUUUCACUUUGUAAACAUUGCCAGACCUCAUGAGAUGUGAUCAAUUUUGCAGUAAGUGAUUACUGGAUGUUGGAAUUUCACAUCCUUGGAGAUAUAUUUUAAACAUUGUAUUUUUAUCUGCUUUUCUCCAUAACUGACUUUAUAUGGCCCUUUUUGUUUUGUUUUUUCCAUUCUGUUAUUUUCUAAAUACAAAAAGACUGUUCAAAAUUUCUAUUCAGGGGGAGUUUGUUAAAAGCCUCAUGACUAAGUUGCCUACACGCCAUUAGUUCUUUUGUAAGUUGGAGUCACUUUUACUAGCUAGAUUCUGAAUUGCUGUGUUAUCAUGAGUCAAACCUACAAUUCUAGCUCAAAACCUUGAUUCUUCUAAUUGAUGUACUCUUGAGACAUUAUGUUUAGAGGACAAUUGGAGCAAUAUUCAGCAGUUCUUUUUGUAACCAUUGUUUGCAUUUUUGGGAAUAAGUGUUAGUGACAACCUAAUGCGCUUGAAGAUGAACAUGAAAGAGAGAUAAAGAGAAUAAUGGAAACCCUCCACUUGAGGGGAAAGCUUCAUUAAAAUAUAUGGUAUUUCAAAACCUUCAUAUAUGCCAUGUUACGAUGAAUAGUGACCAAACUACCCAUAAGCAAAUACAAAAAAGCCAAGAUAAUCUAAUUUACAUGUUAUAAGAAUAUAAUGUCUUAUGGGCAAUACAUAUAAUGCUAUGCAUAUAAAUAGGAAAAGCGUGUUAGAAACAACUCUUAACCUUGAUCUGUGUUAUAGGAUGUAAGAGCACAAGUUUUUUAAGUAGAAACUGAUGGUGUGAUUUGGUUAUAUUUGUAGUAAAAAUCUUUGCUAGCCGAUAUUCGACAGAAGUUUGUUUUGCUCUUGUUCAUAAAGUAGUUGUAUCAAACGAUAGCCAACCUCAAUGUCUUUAAUGAGGCCAUUCGCGACCUAUUUGUAUGAGUUAAAAAUACAGCAACCAAGGAGUAAUGAAAUGGGCCAACGUCUAGAGGUUAGGUUUUGAUAGCCCAAUGUAUCAAGUUUCAUUCUUAUGUAACCUUGUCAAAAACACCUUUGAGAAUGGGUUGGGCCCUUGAUGGUAGUACUGCUGAGCCCCAUGAUGAAAUCUCUGACUCCAUUCUCACCAAAGGGUAGGGGCCCAAAUCCCCAACGACUUACCCUUUUUCUUUUAGUUUUAGAGCUACUAUCUGGUGCUCCUGACUACCAAACUUUAUUUCCCUGCUUUUACUUGAUGAUUUAGUGCAACUGCCUUAUUAUAGGGUCGUAAAAUAAUGAGUUGUUACUAUUUUAAUUUUAUAUUAACAAAAAAAGGGUAGAAGGCCUUCUCCCCCACUGACUUACCCAAAAAAAAAAGGAGUAAUGAAAUGGGAAAGAAUAUAUUGCAAUGUCGAUUUUGCAUAACUACAUCAUGAUUUCACGAGGAGCGAAUAGUUGGUGGGAGAUGCGAUUCCGGCAGAGGGUUGAAAGAGAAUAGGCGGAGGGGGCGGAAGGUAGAUGAUAUUCACAACCAAUUCAGGGACCAAAUGAUCACGAAGACAAUGUUCAACUGCGAGAUGCAAUGGCAUUGCAGAUGUGAAUAGUUAGAGGUUUCUUUGUUUCUGUAGACUUAUAAUGGUGAAGGGGGGGUUACAUCAAAAAAUAUUGGUGAAGGAGGAUUGUUGAAAUUUUCAAUUGUAUUCUUCAUAUUGAUUAACAGUCUCUUACCCUGUUUAUUCUUGUUUUAUAUGCUUUCCAUUAGCUACCAUAAGACCAUGAUGAUGUUCCCUUUUACAAUUAAAUUAGAUGAUUGUCAUGUGAUGUUGUUUUUCAUUCUCAUAGCUCUUACAGAAAUGUACUCCAUUGGUGUAUAUCCCUUAUUAAAGAGUACCUUUUAGAACCCCAAAUUCAGAGAUGGAGCCUCAACCUAGCCAUGGGGUAAUUGUGUUGUUUGUAUAAAGGAUGUUCUGUCCUUUAUGAUAAGUGUUUAGACAUUUUAGUGCGUACAGUUUUGUUGGUGGCAUAUGUGUUUGUUUGCAUGCUUGUACACAUGUGCAUGUCAGAUGGAUACUUGCGUAUGCAUU